AUGGCUGCGCUCCCCGCCUGGCUCGUGCUCGAACUCGAGGGAAUACGGAACGAAAGGCUGCCUAUCGAGAAGAUUGCCGAAUAUCUCUAUGUCACUAGGCUGCUCAAUGCCGUUGCCCUCGCGAUUCUGUGCUACGAUACAAUCAUUCUGUUCGAUGAAGAGGUGCGAUAUCUGUGGCCCAAAAAGAUGAGCCUCGUCAAGGUUUUGCUCUACCUCAAUCGGGCUAUUUGCUUUACAUUCACCGCGUUGAACGCUGCUCACUUUAUUGGGCUUCGAAAAUCGUUCUCAAUGGACUUCUGCAAAACCGCAAUCGUUGGCGUAGGGUAUGCUUCUAUGCUCUGCUUUGCCAUGAGCAAUUGGAUCUUGCUCGCUCGAACGAGAGCGCUAUUGGGGAGCCGAUACAGAUAUUUUAGCAUUGCCCUCAUCGUAUACUACUGCCUCUCCUACGCCUCCACCGCCUAUCUUACAUACCGCGUCACGUCUGCACUCGCUCCAAAGAGCUUUUACUCGUUCAACCUCAGGAUCUGUGCCACCGCUGUCCACCCAAAGAUUAUGGGCUUUGUAUGGAUCCCGAGCAUGGUGUUUGAGACUUCCAUGUUCCUCAUCACCAUCUUCAAACUCUAUCAGCAGCGCACCAACCUCUUCUACGUCCUCUUCCGCGAUGGAGCGAGUUAUUAUGUCAUCAUAAUGGCCCUACGGACAUGGAACCUCUUUGCGUGGGCAGCGUUGCCAAGUUCUCUGGCAUACACGGGAAUAUUUAUCCUCUGGAGCGUCAUGUCCAUUGCCGUCAUGCGUUUACAGCUCAACUUGAUCAAAGCUGCAGACCCGAGUGUAAUUCUAACGGGGCCGUCCAAGGGUCCAACGGAUGUAUCACUUUCUGCGCUCAACUCUGGUCAGGUCUCUGGUCAGAUUCCUCGCUUUGUGGCUCCUGGAGGUAUUGGUAAUGGAAGACGAACUAACGAGCCGCUCUCGACGUUCUUCUCUGACGAGGUGGAUGUCUAUGGGGACUAUGCUUCAAAUGGUCCGCAAGCGAGGCGAUGGUACUGA